UGCCGUCGCUCCUGCAGGCCUGACUCUGAUUGUCCACAGGAAGUCGGCUGAAAGAAAAUUUUCCGCUUUUCGCAUCCCAUUUAGACACAGCCAGCAGUCCUGCUCGCCCUCGUGGAAGUGCUGAUCAUAGAAAGAGGAUUUACUCACCCUCCAGAUGGAUGUUGUAUAGACACUGAAUCCUUUCUGCUUACUGUCAUCCCGCUAACCGACUUGGAGACACACACACGCGUGCGCAUGCGCUCUUUGGCACCGAAAACCGAGGCGCGAUGCGUUUUGACAUGUCACGCGCGCCCGCAAAAAAAGAAGAAAAAAGCCCGCCCGCUUAAUCCCGCGGUUUGGGAUUGGGCGGGAAGACUCGGCUGAGGAAACACGGGAUUGGGUGGAUUGAAGAGUCUAACCGCUGCUGUGACUCAGAUGAGGAGAUGAAUCUACAUCACUUCACUUUACCUCAGCUGAAACUAGCGGACGGACUGUCAGGGGAAAAAAGAGUUUUUCCUCUCAAUACAGUUGGAUUAAUUGGAAUUAAUAGCAAAUUUGGACAAACAGUUCGAGUGUUAAGCAACAUUACACUAUUUAACGAUGGCUUUUAUGGUGAAACACGUAGUCGGAGGUCAUCUGAAGAAUCUGACAGGAGGUCUGACAGAAGAGAAACCUGAAGGGGAGAAAUCUGAAGCUGCGGCUAAAGGAAUGACACAAGAAGAGUUUGAACAGUACCAACAGCAGCUAGAGGAGGAAAAGGAAGAGCGGGAUGCCAAUUUUGCCCAGAAGAAGGCGGAGCGGGCGACAGUCAGGUCUCACUUCAGAGACAAAUACAGGUUGCCAAAGAAUGAGGUGGACGAUACUCAGAUCCAGGCAGCGCGGGACGAUGUGGAGCUGCCCACCGAACUGGCUAAGAUGAUCGCACAGGACAACCAGGAGGAGGAGCAGAAGCAAUCAGUGCUGGGUCAACUAACCAACAUCCAGAACGUGGAUAUGGGUCAUCUGAAAGACAAAGCCCAGGCCACGCUGGAGGACCUGAAGAACUCUGCUGAGAAGUGCUGCGUCAUGUGAUCUGGCCACGUUAAAUGCACUACUAUUAUCUCUGUAUAUCUCCCUCACACAAACACAGACAUAUACACACACACACACACACACACACACUCACACACACAUAUAUACACACACACACUCACACACACAUACAAACAUGCACAGACACAGAAAAGCACACACACACAGUGACAAACCUCCAUGCUCAUGUACCCAGUGUGACGUGUUUCAUGAUGCUAAUAUUGUUCUAGGAGUUUUAGUGUCACGUCAUCAACAUAACCUGUUCAGGUCGCAUUUCACCUCAGAAAAUGUCAAACAAUUAACUUCGGGGUGAAAUGUGACAUGUUUUUGCAGAUUCACCAAUAGGGCUGUGGCGAUAAAAUCAUGCGUUGUGAUUCGU